UCUAUAAUGACGUAUGAUUUCUUGGUAGGUGUUGGUUGCAGUUGACACCACUAGGGUGGAGCUCCACAACAGAGACGGACUUUGGAGCUGUGUGCCUGGCUAUUUGGUUCAGUGACAGUAGAGGAGGACUAGUGAAGACACACCAGGUCAUGAGGAUCUUGUCAUCUCGAACAUUAUUGGGGACAGAAUAGUCUCGGGAAAUCUCAGACCUGUCGGAACAUUGUUUACUGAGCCAACCCAUCCAGAACCACCAACUCCAAAAACAAGCUCAGCCAGUAUUACCCAGCCACAGCAUCUAACUAAUGAAUUUCUACUUGCUCAUGCAUUGAAGUCACUGGGAAGGCUAAGUGAACAUUUGAUUUAAGUGGAAAUUAGGAUUUACCGUUAAGUGAAACCCUGAGCAGUAAACAUGCUUCAAACAGACUCGGAGUUCACUAAAACACGAUGGAUCUGUACCGUCAUAGGACUGGGCUUUUACCUGGCGGACAUUGUGACAGAUGUGGGACUAGCAGUGAAGUACUUCCUGGUCGGAAACCUGGUCUGGGCUGGGCUGACUCUACUGUUUGUGGUGGUUGGAUCAGCUACCACACAGGUCUUCAGCUACACCUGGUACAGAGAUGACAUGAGGAACCCACUGGUUAAUCCUGAUGGAGACAGGCUGAUAUCUGGAAUGAACAGAGGAGGACUGAUUGGACUCCAUGUUAUGCAGAUGGGUGUCUUCACCAGGUACUACCACCUGUUGAAGGCAGGACACAAGGCCGUGUGGUCCAAGUCACCUGAGACUGUUGAAUUCCACAGAGAGGUCCACCUGGACCUGUUUGGUCAGGCGACCGAUCUGAGCAUGCUCAAACUCUUUGAGACGUUCCUGGAGAGUGUUCCUCAGCUCCUCUUCCAGUUGUACAUCCUGCUGGGCUGUGGACACAAGUCCAUACUACAAUGCAUCUGCAUGGUGGGCUCAUUCAUUAACAUCGCCUGGGCUAUAGUGGACUACCGCCGAUGUCUCCGCCGAUCCUUACCCCAGGUCCAAGAGAUGCCUUCUGGCCUCCCUACCUUCGUCUACCUCCUAUACAAGCUGUUGACCAUCACCACUCACAUCCUCAGCCUCAGCCUCUUCCUCAUCCUCAGCCCCUACAGUACCCUGGGAAUGGCUGUCGUCUGGCUGGCAGGAACCGUCUGGGCCCAUUGGGUCCGUACUGACUUCUGUACGUCUAGAGGUCUAGAGAGGCUCUAUCGGAUCAUCGUGGGAGUCGUCCUCAUGUUCACCUUCUUUAACGUGAAAGGACAGGAUACCAGUUGGCAGAUGGCUGUGUACUACAUUCUCUUUGCGUUAGUGAACUUCUCUGGUCCUUUGCUGCUGGUUCUGGUGAGGCCAGAGGUUAACGAUGCUGAGUACUUCUGGCCGGUGACUCUGUUGAUAUUUGGAGGGACCGUUCUAGGGCUGGCCUUUCUGCUCCUGUAUUAUACUGUCUACCACCCCAGAGGGAGGAGUCUACAGGCAGAUGAGGUGGAUGGACAAAUGGGACAGGAGAGAGAACCAGAUACAAUGCUGAGAAUGAGGAACUUCCUACAGCUCUGAGGCUCACCUUCCUAUUUACCACAUAUUCAAUGGAGGAGUUAAAAUGACAAUCAGGCAUUUGAAAAACAACAAAGGUGUCACCCAGACACGUUAUUUUGUUAAACAGCCAAGGGGGAUGGGUUGGAGAAAUGUAACUGCUAAGACAAACUCUGGUUGGUGGACUGUCUAGUUGGUGGACUGUCUAUUUGGUGGACUGUCUAGUUGGUGGACUGUCUAGCUGGUGGACUGUCUAGUUGGUGGACUGUCUAGCUGGUGGACUGUCUAGCUGGUGGACAGUCUAUUUGGUGGACUGUCUAGCUGGUGGACUGUCUAUUUGGUGGACUGUCUAGCUGGUGGACUGUCUAUUUGGUGGACUGUCUAGUUGGUGGACUGUCUAGCUGGUGGACUGUCUAGCUGGUGGACUGUCUAGCUGGUGGACUGUCUAGUUGGUGGACUGUCUAGCUGGUGGACUGUCUAGUUGGUGGACUGUCUAGCUGGUGGACUGUCUAUUUGGUGGACUGUCUAUUUGGUGGACUGUCUAGCUGGUGGACUGUCUAUUUGGUGUCUAUUUGGUGUCUAGUUGGUGGACUGUCUAUUUGGUGGACUGUCUAGCUGGUGGACUGUCUAGUUGGUGGACUGUCUAGUUGGUGGACUGUCUAGCUGUUGGACUGUCUAGUUGGUGGACUGUCUAGCUGGUGGACUGUCUAUUUGGUGGACUGUCUAGCUGGUGGACUGUCUAGUUGGUGGACUGUCUAGCUGGUGGACUGUCUAUUUGGUGGACUGUCUAGCUGGUGGACUGUCUAUUUGGUGGACAGUCUAUUUGGUGGACAGUCUAUUUGGUGGACUGUCUAGCUGGUGGACUGUCUAGUUGGUGGACUGUCUAGUUGUUGGACUGUCUAGUUGGUGGACUGUCUAGUUGUUGGACUGUCUAUUUGGUGGACUGUCUAGUUGGUGGACUGUCUAGUUGGUGGACUGUCUAGUUGGUGGACUGUCUAUUUGGUGUCUAUUUGGUGUCUAGUUGGUGGACUGUCUAUUUGGUGGACUGUCUAGCUGGUGGACUGUCUAGUUGGUGGACAGUCUAGCUGGUGGACUGUCUAGUUGGUGGACUGUCUAGUUGGUGGACUGUCUAGUUGGUGGACUGUCUAUUUGGUGUCUAUUUGGUGUCUAGUUGGUGGACUGUCUAUUUGGUGGACAGUCUAGCUGGUGGACUGUCUAUUUGGUGGACUGUCUAGUUGGUGGACUGUCUAUUUGGUGGACUGUCUAGUUGGUGGACUGUCUAGUUGGUGGACUGUCUAUUUGGUGGACUGUCUAGUUGGUGGACUGUCUAGUUGGUGGACUGUCUGUUGGUGGACUGUCUAUUUGGUGUCUAUUUGGUGUCUAGUUGGUGGACUGUCUAGUUGGUGGACAGUCUAUUUGGUGGGCAGUCUAUUUGGUGGACUGUCUAGUUGGUGGACUGUCUAGUUGGUGGACUGUCUAGUUGGUGGACUGUCUAGUUGGUGGACUGUCUAGUUGUUGGACUGUCUAGUUGGUGGACUGUCUAGUUGGUGGACUGUCUGUUGGUGGACUGUCUAUUUGGUGUCUAUUUGGUGUCUAGUUGGUGGACUGUCUAGUUGGUGGACAGUCUAUUUGGUGGGCAGUCUAUUUGGUGGACUGUCUAGUUGGUGGACUGUCUAGUUGGUGGACUGUCUAGUUGGUGGACUGUCUAGCAGGUGGACUGUCUAGUUGGUGGACUGUCUAGUUGGUGGACUGUCUAGUUGGUGGACUGUCUAGUUGUUGGACUGUCUAGUUGGUGGACUGUCUAGUUGGUGGACUGUCUAGCUGGUGGACUGUCUAUUUGGUGGACUGUCUAGUUGGUGGACUGUCUAGUUGGUGGACUGUCUAGUUGGUGGACUGUCUAUUUGGUGGACUGUCUAGUUGGUGGACUGUCUAGUUGGUGGACUGUCUAGUUGGUGGACUGUCUAGUUGGUGGACUGUCUAGCUGGUGGACUGUCUAGCAGGUGGACUGUCUAGUUGGUGGACUGUCUAGUUGGUGGACUGUCUAGUUGGUGGACAGUCUAUUUGGUGUCUAGUUGGUGGACAGUCUAGUUGGUGUCUAGUUGGUGGACAGUCUAGUUGGUGUCUAGUUGGUGGACAGUCUAGUUGGUGGACAGUCUAGUUGGUGUCUAGUUGGUGGACAGUCUAGUUGGUGUCUAGUUGGUGGACAGUCUAGUUGGUGUCUAGUUGGUGGACAGUCUAGUUGGUGUCUAGUUGGUGGACAGUCUAGUUGGUGUCUAGUUGGUGGACAGUCUAGUUGGUGGACAGUCUAGUUGGUGGACAGUCUAGUUGGUGGACUGUCUAGCUGGUGUCUAGUUGGUGGACAGUCUAGUUGGUGUCUAGUUGGUGGACAGUCUAGUUGGUGUCUAGUUGGUGGACAGUCUAGUUGGUGUCUAGUUGGUGGACAGUCUAGUUGGUGUCUAGUUGGUGGACAGUCUAGUUGGUGGACAGUCUAGUUGGUGUCUAGUUGGUGGACAGUCUAGUUGGUGGACAGUCUAGUUGGUGUCUAGUUGGUGGACAGUCUAGUUGGUGGACUGUCUAGUUGGUGGACUCUGACUGUCAUCCUUUUAGUUUCUAAGUCACCUCAGCCUUCUUUUAUCUUAUCAGUUUCUGUUCCUCCAGUCUUACAGCUGCUGCUCCCUUUACUGUAAGCUGCAGGCUAGACAGGUUUUGUUCAUUUUGUCUUGUGACAUCAUAUCAUAUGAUUGUUCUCACGCAACCUCAGGAGAUCAAAGUCUCUUUUCCUUUUUUUUUUUUCUGCUCUGAAAGACCCGAAUAGGUAAAAGGGACUGUGAUAUUUGGCCACUACCAUUCGUCCAACAUAUUUCAGGUCUGGUGUCCUCAGCUGAGAUGAAUGAGAGGACAUAUUGAGACACACCGCCUCUUUAUCUGUCGAUUCAUGAUGUCAAUACAAACAGAGAACAGAAGGUGACUUCCUUUACAGGUUACGACCCACCUAGCCUUUUAGGGUAUAGUAAGAAGACGGUGUUAUGGACUCGCACAAUGAUACGUUACAGACUCUUUUAUUGAACUGCCCAAUGACUGAUGAUUUCAUCUCUGACAUACAUUCCACAGUGUUAUUCUGUCAUGUGAUCUGUAUUAAGUACUCUGAUGUUUUGUGAAGUAUUUACCGUCUGUAAAUGCACUUUAAAACGUAAAAAUAUAAUGUAUUAUGAUAUAUAUCGUGCAUUACGAUAUAUAUAAUGUAUUUAACAAUAAAAUGAAUCAUAAACAAUC